AUGCGACGCCCAAGGAGAUCCAACUUGACGAGGCAAGCAUUGGAAACUUCCAUCUUUGACCAGCAUGUACGAGAUCCAGCAAAAGAGCGCCUACGAUUUGAGCUUCGAAGUGGCAGCAUUUCAUCAUUUCUUGAGCCACGAUUGGAAAACCAGCCGCUGGGCCAAGUAUUGGUCAAUCCUGAUCCUCUUCAACCUCCGUGCAGCUACCAUUGUAUGGUCGCUGCGCGAUUCCUGCCGUGGCUGGUCUUCGUUUUCUUCCUCUGCUUCUGGCAGAGUCUGCGCAGCGUUUUCAGACGACCCUUGGUCGUGUUCGUUGACAAACUCUGCAUCGCACAGCACGACCCGGCACUCAAAGCCAAGGGCAUCCGGGGGCUGUCGACUUUCCUGGACAGAUCGGAAGAGCUGACGAUCUUGUGGUCCUCCAGAUACUUCACCCGUCUGUGGUGUGUCUAUGAACUGGCCACUUUCCUCCGUCAUGGCCAAGCACAACAGGUGAAGCUGUUUCCCGUGGCUAUGGCGCGGGUCUUGUUGGUCAUUGCCAGCUCCAGUGUCCCUGCGAGAAUCCUGGAUGAUUUCAACUACAUUUUGGGAUCUUCCGAUAUUUUCGCGGCUGUCAUCCAAUUUGCUUGUAUCUUGCUGGUGCAACCGCUGAUUCUUUACCUGUUGUUGGGUGUGAUGGCCGACGUCCAGAACCUCGAGAAACAGUUCAAGGAAUUCUCCAUCCAAAAGUCCCAAUGUUUCUGCUGCACCAGUGAUCAUCGACAUCCUGACACCGGUGAGACAUUGAUGUGCGACCGGAAGUUCGUCUAUGAAGCUGUCAGAACCUGGUAUGCAGCGGGGGCUGAUGGAGACAAUGGAGAUUCAAUACAUUUUGAGAAAUUUGACCAAGUCGUGCGAACCAGCUUGCGUAGCAGCGUCUUGGAAGGUGCUGAAACCGUGUUCCUUCCCUUCAAAAUCAUGUUUUGCCUGGCAGUUGUGAAUCAAGCACCAGCUGUUGUUCAGAUGAUGACGUGGUCAGAGGCUGAUAUGCUGCGGUAUGGUGUUCCUCCAGUGUCUGAAACAAGUCGAUGCCGGCUUUUUAUUUCGAAUCUGCAAGUGGAGCUCCCACUUGCUGCGGAUGUCCCGGCUGAAAGUGACACUGCUGGUGUCACCACUGCUGGUGUUGGUGAGAAGCUGGAGGGCAUGCAAGAUGCCUUGAAAGGCUUCCAAGCAGCCAAUGGAGUGCUGUGGUUCCAUCAAGAAGCAGGACCCGGCGUUUCCGCUGAGUUGAUGGUGGGGGGAGGGAUGCAAGAACCCAGUCCAAAACUGCAGAAGUAUGGCUCAAGGAGGGGUCACAUUUUCACAGUUCCAGACACAGUUUCACAGUCUUCCGAAGCCAUGGCGGAUGCUGAGUAUAGCCUUCGAUUUCAAUCGACCACCUAUGGCCAUCUAUCGAUCACCUCAGAUGAUGAGGCCCGAAACCUAGCCACUCCUCAAACCUGGAGAGAGGCUCGGAUCCACAGCGUCCAUAGCAUCCUUGCCAAAACCGUGGGAAUCGUGAGAUCUCUGGAAUGCCAGCUGCUCCUUGUAUGCUUAGUCCUAGCUUGGGCUGUGUUGGUGGUGGUGAAGAACUUCCAACUCAUCAAUGACCCGCCUCACCCAGAAAUUGUCCACCAAUGGCGGCCGUGGUUUUCUGGGCCAGGCCUCACACCUGAGGCCUUGGUCUGGUCUGCUUGGACCCAGGCCAUCAUCCUCCCACUCCUUGGUUACCUUGGCACGGCAUCCUUUAUCCUGCGCUUGGGAAGUUCAAAGAGUCUCUGGAUGGAAAUUCGGAGCCUUGUGGCGUCCCUCUUGAUUUUCUUUCUACUCUCGCUGUGGGACUAUCUGAUCUUUAGAGGCCCCAACGAGCGUCCCACUGAAGAGCUGAAGCGCAAGAUUAUUGAACUUUCUUGGACCGGCCACGUAUGUCUCCCCAGUUUGACGGCUAAGAAGCUUACUCUUCUUGGGAGGACGGGACUAUCUACUCUUUUGGGCCUUGUGAUGUGGUUCUUUUGGUUUUUGCUUGCCGUGAUGCUGUCUUGGAUCGGGGCGGCAGUUGCGAUUGGCAGCUGGCCAUUUCUGAUCCUUGCCACGGGGUUGCAGGCAUGGGCAUUCUGGGCGGCGGCAGAAGAAGCAUCCCAAUUGCGAGAGAUUCGGAAGAACUGGGGAGGGGAAGUUGAUCGAGAGGUCUUCUUUCUCCGAUGUGCUGCAGUUCUUAGCAUUUGGCAUUCGGUCUAUAUGCCACUAGCGGGGUAUUUCUGUGUUCCUAUCAUUGGCUUUGCCUGGUACCUCGCUUUGGAUGCCUUUUUCAUGUUUGUCACGAUGCACGUACUUGGGUAUGAGGCCGGCACUCUGAAAGAUCUGAAAGCACCAGGCAACAUGGCAAGACUCCAGUGCAAGCGAAUCGCUUUCCCAGGGAAGGUGAACCCAGAAGUGAAGGAUUGCAUCGUAAGCGGAGAGAUCCCGCAGAAACAAGGUCCCGAAUUUGACGAACGUCUGGUUGACGAAAUUUUACAGUUCGAAACCUAUUGGUCGCCAGCUGAAGGAGCCGCCGAAAUCGCUUUCUGUUUCGGGCGGGCUCUCUUCUUCGGGGAGCUCCCAAGCAGUUCCGACGGAGGGCGUUUGUUUGAUACGGAAGCCGACACCGAGGCAGGGGCUGUCGGUUCAAUGGCCGCAAAGGGAGGAGUAUUCCCCAUUGGUGUCGGAGCCGCUGAAGAUGCCGAAAUCGCUGGCGGUGAUGUAGUCCCAGGUAUUCAAUUCCCCAGCCGUCGCGAAACGAAAGAGUGGGAUGAUGCAGUUGAGGAAGCACAGAGACAGUCAAGUCUUUGCAGUUUGGCUUGUGUUUUCUUGACCGACACGCAGAGCGGGCUCGGUGGCCACGCUGAAGAUCCUGAAGGAUGUGGAAGUUGUUUUUGCCAAGCACUCUACGGGAAAGUGGAUCCAGCAGCCUACCUCAGCACAGUCGAGGAGGAGCUGACGGAACAAGAGAUGCUAUUCAAGAAAAGCGAUGCUGAGGCGAUGGGCCAGGUUCUCCUCAUUCGUGAAGAAGAAAAUGAUGCUUCCUGGACCGCGAGGAAGAAAAAAGCACUCCUAAAAGCUGCCGCCAAAUGCAAGGAGAACCGCUACCGCGCGCCGUGGGGGUGCCGAUGGUUUGCCGACUGGAAGGAGAACGUGGACACAGCCCAUCGGCAAAGGCAAAAGUUUCACGUUUUCUACUUUGAAGGGAAAGUCGGAUGUGGGAAAAUUGCCUGGGAGGACCUCAAAGAUGAGACGAAACUGCAGGAGGUUCGCGAUAGCACGGGCCUAGGCAAGUCGCAAACCGCAGAGGUCGCAUGGUUAGAUCGCUUGCGCAUCCCCUACGAGGAGCACGAUGUGGGCUGCAUGUGGCACGACCAACAUUUGUGGUUCCAGCAUAGGAAUUUCUGCGAUGUAAUUGUCAGUGGCCCACGUGCUAUCAGAGCCAUGGGUUUCAUAAAGCUCGACCAGCCUGUGGCGAAGCUGGCGGUGAUGCACGUCGGCAACGACGAUGAGGAAUUGCGAGGAUUCCGCGAGUGCGGCCCCACCGCUACACUUGGCACCUACAACCAUGAUGAAAACCUGAACAUCAAGGUCCCCGGCCCCGAGAUUUCGAGGUUCACCGGCCCCAGAGGCAGUGGCGCCUGCCUGGUCCAAACCCUGCUGCGUCAAGUUCUGCCAGUGGCCAUGCGUCUUCGCCGCGG